UGAAGGUGUAUUGUUUGUUGCUUGUGCCUGCUCUCUGUUGACGGUGCCAAUACAAGCGAGAUGGCUCGAAAUGGGGUUCGCGUUUCAUGAGACCUCUCGGGGGCUGCGAGCAGAUGUCGGGCCUGCGAGGUACAGUCCCCUAUGAUGAGUCUCUCGUGCCAUUGUUUCUCUUCGUCAACCCCAAUUCUGGAGGUGGCAUUGGAGAGGCCUUUCUGAAGGUGCCACGGCCGUUCGACGCGCAGCUCCGGAACUCACAUUCCAGAGCCAGACUGUGGGUUUUCAGCUUGUACGAGGGACGGCCAGGAGAUAAGCCUGGCUUCCACUUCUUGCGGGAGGUUGUGAAAAGCUAUCACUCCGUCCGCGUGUUUAUAGGUGGAGGUGAUGGCACUGUGAUGUGGGUUGUGGGUGAAGCCCAGCUGCAUGGCAUUCAGACUGAGACCAGCCUGAAAAUAGGCAUGGUGCCACUGGGAACAGGUAACGAUUUUGCACAGGCUCUGGGUUGGGGUGGCAGGAAUCCUGAUGCAGAUGCAUUGCUGAGAAAUAAUUGCGAAAUGCUAGAUGAGAUGGUGCAAGAAUGGGUGCGGGCCGAGCCAGAAAUCCAGGACGUUUGGAAAGUGCGCCUGAAGGUCCACGAAGAAGACGGCUUUAUUUACAACAAGGACGCCGUCAUGAUGAAUGAUGAUGGGUCAGAGAGGACAAGCUUAGAGACCCACAUGCUCCUUUAUUGUGGAAUUGCGAAAGAUGCCGAGCUUGCAUAUCAGGUCGAGCUUCAUCGCACCAAAAGCCAAUGUUUGAACAAGCUGGUGUAUGCAUGGCAAGGCAUCAUGAUUUCAUUGCACUUUUUUUGCUGCGUGGGCCAGCGAGUGCAGCGGGUGCUCAGAGGUCUUUACCAUGGGACCGACAAGGAGAGCUCGCCCAUCUUUGAGGUUGGCUGCCGAAGCCGAGGUCCCAGGCUGUACAGCAAUCCGGAAAUGCUUCUAUGCCUUAACAUCAACUCGUAUGGUGGUGGGGUGGCACGAAACUUGUGGAGAAACUCUUGGCGCUGUGGCACGUCCGAACCCAUGGAGGACUUGCUCGAAUCGGAGCAAGACCCCGGGGACCGGGCGCUGGAAGUGAUUACACUCUCAAGGCUACUUAGGGCUGCAAUGCCAACAAACUCAGUGCUUGGUGGCCGACGGGUGUUCCAGGGAGCUCCUUUGCACUUCGAGUUCAAGCAGAGGAAUUAUCGUGACCUCAUCACAUUCUUCCAGGUGGACGGAGAAAGCUACAAGCUGCAAAAUCCGAUCUCGUUAACCAUUUGGCACGACCAGCAAAUCGCGGUCCUCCACAAGGUUGAGAACCGGAGACCAGGUUGUUGUGGCACUGUCUGUGGAAAUGAAUCCUCUGCCACGGAUUCAACCACUGACGAUGACCCCGUGUGAUCGACUCCGCCCCGUUUGACCACGGACCGUUUCGGCCGAUCCUUUGUUUCACCUGUUUGCACCGAAUAGGACGCGCCACAUGUGUUGUUUGCGCCGGAGCCAAUCCGCUGAAACUCGGCGCGGGGCCUUUCUGUUUUGAUUGGCACCAGGCUUCGGAAGUAAUUCCUGAUACUUCUUUGAGCGCGAAGCAGCCAAUGUCCUUUUGAGACGAUCAUUUCUUUUGUGUAAAUAGCCAGGAAGGACUAUGAUUGGAUACGCUAACAAAACGAAAUCUUUUGGAAUAUUCCAACAAAAAA